AUGGUGACGCUGCUCAACAAACACAAGCUCAAGGCCUUGAUGGAGAGCAUGCAGGGAAUCUUUCCAGGCGCUUCAAUGGAGCAGCAAGAACAAUACGAAGUGGCUCGCCAUUAUAGACUUUGUCGUUGGUUUAGCCGAGGAUUCAGCGUGCUCUUUUUGUUUCUGAUUCUUACCUACAACAUGUUUCACUUUGCGCAGUACUUUGUGAUGCGUUUCCUGAUGCGUUCGCCCAACGCAAGACGGACCAUGCCCUAUACGCCUGUAUCCCCCUGGGAUUGGAGCGACAAUUUGGGCUACUAUGCCCUGUACACAGUGCAGGCCUUGGGUGGCUACACUUCUAUACUGGGACACAUUACAACCAAUCUAUUGAUUUAUACAGUGUCCAUACAAGUCAUCAUGCACUUUGAUUACCUCAACAGACAACUGGUUGAGUUCAAGCUGCAAAGUAGUUACGCCAAGGAAAUGCGGCAACUUAAACGUUUGAUUUUCUAUCACAAUGAGUUGCUUGAACUUGUGCCCAAAAUAAAUGAAGUCUUUGGUUUGCCGCUGCUGCUAAAUUUUAUGACCUCAUCGCUUGUGGUUUGCUUUGUGGGCUUUCAAAUGACAAUAACGCUCAGUCCACAGUUUGCCAUGAAACUUUUCCUGUUCUUAAUAUCAGCUCUGGUGGAGAUCUUUCUCAUCUGUUACUUUAGCGAUAAACUGAUGAUGGCUAGCUUGAAAGUGGCCUCCUCCGUCUAUGAGAUGAACUGGCUGGAGGCUGAGCCGCGUUUCCGUCGCAUGCUUGUGCUGAUGAUAUUGCGCGCUCAGCGUCCAGUCCACUUGACAGCUACCGCCUUUCUAAGUCUCUCUAUGCAAACUAUGACUACGUUGGUGCGCAAGAUGGAUACCUGUAGUAACAAUUGA